AGGAGCCAUGUAGCAGGAUAGAUUUUGAUGGUAUCAGAUUGUGGUGUGAUAAGUUUCGAGCCUUGUGCAUUUGUGGGACCCGUCUCACGAGUGCACGGCGUCUGCCACGUUCCCAGAUUUGGGUUCUGGGGCGUGACAGAUUUAGUGGUAUCAGAGCUUAGGUUAAAUUAGAUAUCUGGAGAUUGAGUGGUAUAAGAGCUUAAGUUUGAAAUUAAGAGUUUAAGAUUAAAUUAAGCACCUCCAGAUUGAGUGGCAUCAGAGCAGAUUGAGUGAUAUCUGAGCCUAGGUUUAAUUGAAUACCUAGGAUUUGUUUUGGACUUGGCUAGCCAAUUGAUUUUAGACCCGUGGUGAGACGAGUGAUGGGGUUAUACAAGGGACAAUUCUGAUUCAUGUUGCUUGAAUUUUCUCAUCCAUUUCGAUGAGAUGGUGAUCUGAUUGUUCUUGUUUCUUGCCUUCAUACUCUGUGUGAAGUUGUGAAAGUGAUCUUGCCCGUUAUGUCCUGAAGACCUUGUUUUGAAACUUGGUCAUUUUUGAUAGUCUGCACUUGUUUAGGCUUGUUACGUGAAUAGAAUUUUUGUGUGCAU